AUGAGUGACCGCGACCGCGACCCCUCGCGCAGACGGCCCCAUGGCGACGAGCGAAGACGACGCAGAGAAUCGCACGGCGAUGUAGAUCCUGAAAGACGCAAACGGAGAGAGUCACAGGGCGAGCGCGCAGCACAAGACGCAGAGGGGCGGCGAAGAAAAGGCCACCGAGCUACCGACUCCCAAGGCGACGUGCUACCACGGCCUCAGCGCCGCUCAAGACAACAGAGCGAUACCGAAUACGAGUCGUCAGCUCCCCGUAAAGCGCGGGGCUCGCGACGCAACUCCAAGACGGAUGGAAGCGGCAGCGGCAGCCGAGGCUCUGCGCCCUUGAGCUUGGAUGCUCUCGCAAAGCUCGACAAGACCAAUGCCAAAAAGUCGAGUGGCUGGGGAACCUACGACUAUGAUGAGGACUACUUGAAGGAAGUCCGAAGAAAGGAGAAAAAACUCGAACAGGAGAGGUUAAAGGAGGAGCGUGCAGAAAAGAGAAGGGAGCAGAAAGAGGAAGAGGCCAGGCGACGCGCUGCCGAGAGCGAUGCCGCCAUCCACGAAGAAAAGGCAAGAAAGCGGCGCGAAGAGCGACGGAAAGCAGCUGAGCUGAAGGCCAGUCAGACCGAGGACGAGCUCGAGCGGAAGCGGGGUUCCCGCACUGAUGACGAGAGAGAGGAGCGGAGACGACGACGUGAAUCCAAGUACACUGCCUCGGAAGCUGAAGAGAGAAGGGAUCGAAGGAGGCAGGAGAAGCAGCACAGGACCGAGCAGAAAAAGCGGCGUGUCGUCAGUGGUCCAUUGGCAGAAGAGGGAGGCAUUGAUGACGAUUCAGAAUACCGCUACAUGAUGGAGAAGCGUGGAGGCGGUGCGCCGACAGUCUACUCUGAGGAGGAGCUCGCAAGGAAGAAGAAGCGGAAGCGCAUACUGAUCGGCGUACUGUCUGUCAUACUUUUGCUGGCCAUCAUCAUACCCGUGGGGGUAGUCCUUUCUGGCAAGAGCAGUAGCCCCGCCAACACAGGAAGCGGAUCCGCAGCUGGCUCGUCAUCUGGGCCAUCCACCAGCAACCUCGCUGGCAAAGAUCGAAACAGCGUGCCUGAACAGGAUCGGGGUGGUAUACUGGACCCGUGGUCCUGGCUAGAUACUCAAGACUUCAAUGUCACCUACACGAAUGAACUUGUAGGAGGUCUCCCCAUUAUCGGACUCAAUUCGACAUGGAACGACGACGUUCAAGCCAACCCAUCCGUACCAAAGCUGUCGGACAAGUUCGAAUAUGGCAAGAUGCCGAUUCGCGGCGUCAACGUUGGUGGAUGGCUUAACCUCGAGCCUUUUAUCACACCAUCCUUCUUUUCGCAGUUUGGAUCAAAGGAUAAUGUAGUGGACGAAUGGACGUUUCUUAGUAAGCUGGGGCCCGGCAAAGCCAAAUCGACACUGGAGAAGCACUACGCUACCUUUAUCACCAAACAGACGUUUGCUGAGAUCCGAGCAGCUGGCAUGGACCAUGUCCGUUUUCCGUUCGGUUACUGGAUGGUCCAAACCUACGAUGACGAUGUAUACGUACCGCAGGUGUCAUGGCGUUACCUCCUCCGCGGCAUUGAAUACUGCCGACAAAACGGCCUUCGCGUAAACCUCGAUCUCCACGGCGCGCCCGGCAGUCAGAACGGAUGGAAUCAUUCUGGCCGUCAGGGCGCGAUCGGCUGGCUCAACGGCACCGAUGGCGACAAGAAUGGCGAACGCAGUCUGGAAGUCCACCACAAGCUCUCCGUCUUCUUCGCCCAAGAGCGCUACAAGAAUCUCGUAACAAUGUACGGUCUCGUCAACGAGCCCCGCAUGGUCGAACUCGACACACAAAAAGUCCUCGCCUGGACGCAAAAAGCCAUUGACCAAAUCCGCGCCGACGGCAUAACCGCCAUCAUCAUCUUCGGCGACGGCUUCAUGGGCCUCGACAACUGGCAAGGCAAACUCCAAGGCAACAAAGACCUCCUCCUCGACGUCCACCAAUACGUCAUCUUCAACACCGACCAGCUAAAACUCAAACACCGCGACAAGCUCAACUUCGCCUGCGAGGGCUGGACCCAGCAAUCCAAACGCAGCAUGAACACAAAGACGGGUUUCGGCCCCACAAUGUGCGGCGAGUGGUCCCAAGCAGACACAGAUUGCACACAAUACAUCAACAACGUAGGCACCGGUUCCCGCUGGGAAGGCACCCUCCAACCCACGGACAAAACCAGCGCAGUCCUCGCUCCCCAAUGCCCUUUACAAUCCUCCGAAUGCUCGUGCAAACAAGCAAACGCAGACCCUUCUUCUUACUCUUCCGAAUACAAAAAAUGGCUCUACCAGUUCGCCAUUGGCCAAAUGGAUGCUUUCGAAGCGGGCUGGGGCUGGUUCUACUGGACUUGGGAGACGGAAAGUAGUACACAGUGGAGUUAUCGCCGUGGACGCGAGGCCGGUAUCUUGCCCGAUAAGGCGUACGAUCGUGAUUGGAAGUGUCCUGGUGGUGGAGUUCAGAAUUUGGAUUCUUUUGAUGGGUUGGCGGAGAAUUAUCGGCGGGGGGUGGGGGUUAAUGGGAGUGUUGAGGCGUGGUAA